AUGGCGUCGAAUAAAGAAUCAACCUCGAGCUACAGCCAGUUUGCUUGUAUUGGCGCUGGAUUCUCAGGCAUUGCUCUGGGUGUCACGCUCAAACGAUGGUACGGGAUCACUGACAUUCGUUUCUUCGAACGGCACAGCGACCUCGGUGGGACAUGGUAUGCAAAUAAAUAUCCCGGCGCUGCUUGCGAUGUCCCAAGUGUCCUCUACAGCUACUCUUUCGAGCCCAAUCCCAAUUGGUCUCGGGUUCUGCCUUCACAAGAGGAGCUUUGGAAGUACCAGAAACACGUCGCGGAUAAGUACAAUCUACCGUCAAAGAUGACAUUUGGCGUGGAAGUCCAAAAGUGUCAAUGGAAUGAACAACACAAGAGAUGGGUUCUUGAUGUUCUCGACUGCAAAACUGGUACCAAGUUUCAGCACGAAUGCAGGUUUCUGUUUGCGGGCUCUGGUAUUCUGGUCACACCUCGAGAGAUUGACAUUCCCGGCUCUGAAGACUUCAAAGGAUCCAUAUUCCAUACAUCACAGUGGAGGAGCGACGUUGAUGUCGAGGGCAAGAAUGUCGUUGUCAUUGGAAACGGCUGUACAGCUGCCCAAAUAGUCCCCUCGAUUGUCGACAAGACAAAGCAUCUGACCCAGAUAGUCCGUGCCAAACACUGGAUGCUUCCGCCUAUUGAUGGCGUGUAUACCGAUUACAUGAAGUCUAUCUUCAAAUAUCUACCAGGAACUAUGAUGAUUCAACGACUGCUCAUAUUCUUAUUCGCCGAGAUUGAGUUGAAGGCGGUUCCUAUGACUACCUCUGCAGCCAAGUUCCGUCAGAAGCGACGAGCUUAUGCGGAGAGGUUCAUGAGGGAUACUGCUCCCGCCAAGUAUCAUGACCUCUUGAUUCCAGAUUUCGAAAUCGGCUGUAAGAGACGGAUUUACGAUUCUGGAUAUUUGGCAUCCCUUCACUCCAAGAAUCUGACUCUGACCAACGAGCGAGCUCUGAAAAUUGUCGAGAACGGAGUCGAGACAGAUCGUGGCUUUGUUGAAGCUGAUGUCAUCGUGCUGGCCAAUGGGUUUUCUACCAAUACAUUCCUCGAAGGUGUCGAGGUUGUUGGACGAGAUGAAACGUUGACUCAACAUUGGGAGUCGUUUGGGGGAGCCGAGGCUUACAAUUGCUCUGCUAUGAGUGGCUUUCCCAACUUCUUCAUGCUCCUAGGCCCCAAUGCAACAACCGGCCACACUUCAGCUAUCAUGGCUAUCGAGAACAGUGUCAACUUUGCACUGCGCAUCCUCAAGCCUGUCCUUGGCAGCCCCAACGGAGUCGUUGAACUUGACAAAGAUGCUGAAGAGCGUUACGUCAAUCGCAUCCAGGAUGACUUGUCCAGGACAGUUUGGAACUCAGGGUGCCAGAGCUGGUACAUCCAGCCUCAUUCUGAAAACAGCCGGGUCUGGAAUGCCAUGGUUUAUCCGUAUUCCCAGGGAUAUCUGUGGUACAGAAGCUUGUUUCCUGUUUGGCGCGACUGGAAGAUUACUGAAGCUCAGCUGCUACGGCUUGUAUUUAUUUGGUCUGGAGAUCGCAGUGGACAGGGAAAGGGCUGUAUGCAACUCUCAGCACAGCUUCACAGUUGA